GGGCGCCUCUGGCUGCUUUCCUGCCUCCAGCCCAGGAAAGAAAGGAAGGAAGGGAGAAAGAGAGAAAGGAGGGCAAGAAAGCAGGGAAAGGAAGGAUGCGGAGGGUUGGGGGGCCCCUGUCUGGGCGGUGGGGGUCCCUCCUCCCCCUCCUCCUGCUGCCCCCCCUUCUCUUCUUGGCCCCCCAGGGACACGCCCUCCGGCACCAGGUCUUCUGGAACUCCAGCAACCCCAGGUUCCUGGCGGAGGAGGGCUACGCGCUGGAGGUCUCUCUGGGUGACAGCGUGGACGUCUUCUGCCCGCACUAUGAGCGCCGCCCCCCGCAGGCUGGGCCGGGCUGGGCCCCGGAGGCCUUUGUGCUCUUCCUGGUGGGCCGCGAGGCCUUCCGCACCUGCUCCCCCUCCGAGUCCCCCCUGGGGGGCGCCCCGCCCGCCUUCCGCCGCUGGGAGUGCAGCCGGCCCUUCGCCCCCUUCGGCGCCGUCCGCUUCUCUGAGAAGAUCCAGAAGUUCACCCCCUACUCCCUGGGGUUCGAGUUCCAGCCCGGGAACGACUACUACUACAUCUCUGUUCCCAAUCCGGGGAGCUCCGGGCGGUGUUUAAAACUGCGGCUGUCUGUCUGCUGCAAGGCAACCACCACAGAAACCGCCACGGAAGCCCCGGAAUCGCAGCCGCACGGAAAGGGAGAAGAACGGCCUGCAAGGGGGUCCGCCGGGACUUUGUGGCCCUUCUCGGCCCCUUUGGCCCUCUUCUUCUCCCUUUGGCUCUGAGCAAAGGACAGCCGGAGGAGAAUCAGGAGGAGGAGGAGGAAUGGCCCUUUGGACAAUGACCGCUGGCCACAUUGCUUUCGGACUUUGGGAGCGACCCCUUUCUGUGGCCGGAAUCCCUCUCCCCUCCCCUCCAAGAGCAGACUGGACCAAAGGGAAUGGACACUACGCCUCCCAUCAUCCCCAGUUGUAUUGGAGGCCUUGCCUGGGAGUGUGUCCGGUUCCCGCUGGAUGUUGGGAUCUGUAGUUCUCCCGAACGGACUUGAGCCAAGCCGGAAGGGGGUUCCGACCCCCAAAACCUUCCCUUUGGACCAUAUUAUUGUCCCCCCCUCCCCCAAAUAUUGUUGUUUUUGUUCUCGAGGAGAACGCCGGGCGGGAAGAAGGAGAAGAAAGCCUUGUCUUCCGUGAAGAUGCCCCUCCUUCCCAACUUUGCAAGCGCGUGCCUUUCCCCUUCCUUCCUUCCUUUUCGGGUUGUUUUCCUUGUUUCCUCCCCUUAUUUUCGGAGCCAAAAACCAUUAAAAAACAUGCCAGAAA